UCCUCCCAAUCCCCUAUUCUUUCUCAAACACCCAACUCAUCCUUUUUCAUUUUCAAACAAAAAGAUAAUAAUAAUCAUAUAUCCCAACAAAAUAGAGACACAAUCGCUAAACCCAUAAUCCAUUUCCAUCCCCUCAAACACAAACACAAACCACCCCCUCUCAAUCAUCUCCUAAUAAUUUCUCACACACAAAAUUAGUAACAAACAACAACAACAAUCCCAAAAAAAACCAACAACAACACAAAUUCAAAGAACUUUUGUGUCUAUAAGGUGAAUUUAGUUUCUUUUGUUUUGUUCAUGUUUUUCCUUAUGUAAUGCAUCAAAAGAAAUCAGAGGUCCAAAUCGGAAAAGAAAGCGUUGGCGUCUCUUCCGAUUUCAACCCAACACCACCAAUUCAACAAAAUCAUCAACGUCAUCAACACCUUUGUCCACGUCAUCAUUCCAUUGAUAUUUACCCUCCUCAAAAACACCACCACCACCACCAACCACCUCCCACAAAACCACCGUCAUCUUUCAAACAACCACAAACCACCACCACUCCCUUCUUCUCUCUCACCGUCGCUUCCUCCGCCGCCGCUUUCCGUAUCCUCCGCCGUCUCAAAAAACACCGUUCCUUCCUCCUCAUCUCUCUCCCUCUUCUCUACCUUUACCUCCACGCUUCCCGCUCUUUCUUUCUCGAUUUCCUAACCGCUUUAGCUUUCUCCACCGCUUUACUCUUCUCUCUAAACAUCGCUCUUCCUUCUCUUCGUUCUUUCCCUCUCCACCAUCUCAAUUUACAUAAAAUCCGUUCAUCUUCUUCACGUAAUCCUCCUGCUUUACCUGUUUUCUGGACAAUCGGAUCGCGGCCGAAGUCGGAAAAACGGUUAGGGUCUGGUUGUUGGGUUCAGGUAUUCGGAAACGGAGACGUUUACGAAGGGGAGUUUCAUAAAGGAAAGUGUUCAGGGAGUGGUGUUUAUUAUUAUAGUAUGAGUGGUAGAUAUGAAGGGGAUUGGAUUGAUGGAAGAUAUGAUGGGUAUGGUGUUGAGACAUGGGCACGUGGGAGUCGUUAUAGAGGACAAUAUAGACAAGGAUUGAGACAUGGAUUUGGUGUUUAUAGGUUUUAUACAGGUGAUGUUUAUACUGGUGAAUGGUCUAAUGGACAGAGUCAUGGGUGUGGUGUUCAUACUUGUGAAGAUGGGAGUAGAUAUGUUGGAGAGUUUAAAUGGGGUGUUAAACAUGGACUUGGUCAUUAUCAUUUCAGAAAUGGAGACAUAUAUGCUGGUGAAUACUUUGCGGACAAGAUGCAUGGAUUUGGGGUAUAUCGUUUUGCAAAUAACCAUAGAUAUGAAGGAGCCUGGCAUGAGGGAAGAAGGCAAGGACUUGGAAUGUAUACAUUUAGAAAUAGUGAAACCCAAUCCGGUCACUGGCAAAAUGGAGUCCUUGACAUUCCAAGCACACAGAACACUACUUAUCCCGUUUCUCCUGUUGGUGUUAAUCAUUCCAAAGUACUUAAUGCCGUGCAGGAAGCAAGACGAGCCGCAGAGAAAGCCUAUGAUGUGAGCAAGGUAGAUGAAAGGGUAAAUAGAGCAGUAUCAGCAGCUAAUAGAGCAGCAAAUGCAGCUAGAGUAGCCGCUGUCAAAGCUGUGCAAAAGCAAAUGCAUCAUCAUGUCAACAACGAAGGUUUCCCGAUUCCUAUUAUGUAAGAUUAUCAACUUCUGUUUUUUAUAUUAGUGGACAAGCUUGAGAUUGUUGAAGAGGAUGGUGGCAAAACUAGUUCAUACAUCUUCAUGACCAUUGCGAUCUUCUCUUUAGCAUUAUGCUUUCUUCGAAAGAAAUUAGAUCUGUUAUUAUCUAUCUGCCACGGUCCUUGUAUAGAGGGAGGAUGAGUGAGUGAUAGGAUAUAUAUAGAUAAGUUUUUCAAUUUUGUCCCAUGUUACUACAUUUUUGUAAAAUUAUAUAGGUGUAAAUGCUGGUGUAUAGGUAAAACCUACCAGCUACUGUUGUAAUAUUAUGGUUUGGUAAGAAAUAAGAACAGGAGAAACAUAUCUUAUAUAGUAUAUAAUAAAAUGUUAAUUAUUUUCAACUUCAA